AUGGCAUACGACAAUCCCAUUCCUGGCUUCGACACCUACAACACCAACAAUCUCCGAUUGUGGCGCGCUUGCCCUUCGAAGGAGUUCGAUCUUGACCAGUACAGCGCGGCGAACUUCACCGAUGCCGUGGAGGCACGCCGAAAGGCAGAGGACCUGUCUGCUGUCCUCUACCCGAACGACGCGAGCUACGAGGGCAGGGAGCUCCGCUUGAGGCAGCAGUACUUCUUCGUAAGUGCUUCGCUGCAGGAUUUGCUGCGCGAGUUCAUCAAGCGUCCCAACUACAAGUGGUCGGAACUGCCGGAGAAGGUGGCGGUGCAGAUGAAUGACACCCACCCGACCAUUGCUGUGGCGGAGUUCAUGCGCUUGCUGGUUGAUGUGAUGCAUGUGCCUUGGGAUGAGGCCUGGGAUCUGACCACGAAGUGCCUGAACUACACCAACCACACCGUGAUGCCCGAGGCGCUGGAGAAGUGGCCGGUCGAGAUGAUGACCCGCAUGCUGCCCCGUCAUGUCCAGAUCAUUGGCGAGCUGAACCUCCGAUGGAUUAAUGGUCUGGUGAAGAAGUACGGCGACGGGCCCAUCAUCGCAGCUUUGAGCAUUUUUGAAGAGGGCGAUGUCAAGAAGAUCCGCAUGGGCAACCUCGCCAUCAUGGGGUCCAACAAGGUGAACGGCGUCGCCGCGCUUCACACAGAGAUCAUUAAGAAGGAGACCUUCCCUGACUUCUACAAGUACUGCUGCGAUACCGGCGUCCCGGACAAGAUCGUGAACAUGACCAACGGUGUGACGCCCCGGCGUUGGGUGCACUGCGCCAACCCGGCCUUAAGUGCCAUCUUCACCAAGUAUCUUGGCUCCCACGAGUGGCUGACGGACAUGACGAAGCUGAAGGGCAUGCUGAAGUUCAAGGAGGAUCCGAAGCUGCACUCCGAGUGGAUGGAGAUGAAGAAGACCGCCAAGAAGAAGCUUGCAGGCUUCUUGAAGGAGGCGCUGGACCUGGACAUCGACCAGGAUGCACUUAUCGACAUCCAAAUCAAGCGCAUCCACGAGUACAAGCGGCAGUUUAUGAACUGCCUCUAUGUCAUCCACCGUUACCAGCAGCUGAAGAAGAUGUCGCCCGCUGAGCGUGAGAAGGUGCAGAAGCGCGUGGUUCUGAUCGGUGGCAAGGCAGCAUCCGCCUACGUGAAUGCAAAGCUCAUCAUCAAGCUGAUCAACAACGUGGGCAAGGUCAUCAACAACGAUCCAGACACUGGCAAACUCCUGAAGCUUGCUUUUGUGCCGAACUACCGUGUGUCUGCAGCCGAAGUCCUGAUCCCAGCUUCGGACAUCUCGGAGCACAUUUCUACUGCAGGCACGGAGGCAAGCGGAACCUCCAACAUGAAGUUUGUCAUGAACGGUGGCCUGAUUGUUGGUACCAUGGAUGGUGCCAACAUUGAAAUUCGUGAGGAGUGUGGUGAAGACACCAUGUUCAUCUUUGGCUGUUUGGAGCAUGAGGUUGCCGGCAUUGCAGCAAAGGCGAAGGAGGGUCACUACCCGAUCGACAGCCGACUGCAAGCCGUUUUCCAGGCAAUUCGCAACGGUGAGUUCUCCAAGGGUGAGCCAGAGGCGCAUGCCGAGUUUUGCUCGCUGGUUGACAAGCUCUGCAACACGCACGGUGCAGGCACCUGGGAUGGUGACAGGUACCUGGUUGUCCAUGACUUUCCCUCGUUCGUGGAGGCUCAGGCAAAAGUGGACGCAACCUACGCGGAUAAAGCCAAGUGGUGCAAGCUCAGCAUCCAGGCGGCCUCCUCCAUGGCGAAGUUCUCCACUGAUCGAACUAUCUCGGAGUAUGCCGACGUGAUCUGGGGCGUCAAGCCUGCACCGCGUCCCAUGGAGAUGUGA